AUGGCGUCCUCGCAACACGUCCUACUUUCGCCGGCGGAGCUCGCCUACCUCCACGCUUCGCUCAGCCUCACCCCUCCCAUCCGCCCCGAUGGCCGUUCUCCUACACAGUUCCGCCCCCUCGUCGCUGAGACAGGCAUCCUCCCCGGCACCAACGGCAGCGCGCGCAUCUGCUUCGCCGACGGUACAGAGGCCAUUGUUGGCGUUAAGGCGGAAGUCGAGAGGACGAGGACAAGACACGAUUUUCCCUCACUAGAUGAUGAAGGCGCUGAGGACGAUGACGACCUGGACAACCAACACGAUGUGGUCAAGGGCGACAACGACUGGGUGGAGAUGACGGUGGAAAUUCCUGGAUACAGAGACGACGACGCGGGAACCGUGUUCCUAUCCGCCAUGCUUAGCGAAGCGCUGCUGGCAGAUGGCGAGUUUACGAAGCGGCUGUGGAUUAACCGGAGGUUUCACUGGAAGCUCUACCUUGACAUUCUCCUCAUCUCCCCCCCGCUGUCAUACCCUCUGCCCCUCCUCUCCCUAACCACACAUCUCGCCCUCCUUGCAACCCGUCUCCCACGCCUAAAGUCCGAAGGCGACGAAGACCCUCUCUUCGACGACGACUGGGCCGCUGCCCCCUAUCUCUACACCAGACCAGGAAAGAAGGGUUCCAAAAAGACGGUCGCUGCCCCAACCGCCAGGCCACCCGUCACCCUUCUUGUCAUGGCCGUUGGCAACAACAUCAUCUUCGACCCUUCCAAGGAGGAGCUAGCCGUCGCCGAUGUUGCGCUGGCCGUUUCCGUUGGCGAGCACACCGGUUCUACCAGCAGCAAACCCACAGAAAUGGACAUCGACACCGAAGAGACAAAAGGACACCACAACCUUCGCCUUCUAUCGGUGCGAACGAUCGACCCCCCUUCCCGGUUGACCCCUCCUGGUAUUCCCAAUGCGAGCAAUUCCGCUUAUGGAGCGAAUGCUGGCGCGAAAGAUACCGAGAAGAAGAAGCAACAGCAGGAACAGGCAAGGACGACCGAGUCGGAGGCCGUGGAGGGUGUGUGGAAGGCGCCGAGAGGCGGUGCCAAGACGUUGGUAAUGGCUGCGUUGGUGCAGAAGGUGUUGGAGAAGGGAGGCGUGGCCGAUGAGGUUUUGGAUGCGCUGGAUGGUGUUGAUUUGAACUGA